AUGACGUUCAUGCUGGGUAAUACCAGUAAUAGCACAAAGACCGAGUUCCGGUCCAAGAGCAGGAUCUUGUUUGUGUUCCUGAUUAUCAUCACAGUUUUCUUUGUCUUGGGCGCACAAGUCGAGUGGGUUCCAUACCUUAGUUAUUCCUCAUCCCCAUCUGAAAAAUCAGAUGGUAUUUUGUUGGAGGAAGAACCACUUCACAAAGGCUCCAAUCAUGUUUCUAUCCCUCGUCCACAGUCACUAGACCCUUCUCCUUUGAUACCAAGCCAAUCUGUGCCGGCUCCCGUUCACUCGACGACGCCGAUAGGAGGGCAUGAUGGCUCUGACACAGAUGGCAAAAAUUCACAAAGUACAGUGGCUGAAGACGACAUCAACAACAGUAACGGUAAUGGUAAUGAACAUGAAUAUGAUCCCGCACCAUCUCGACAACUCGAUGGAAAUAAGGAACGCAAUCCCUUUCUCUCAAUGAUUCCUGAUCGGCCACCCAUGGAGGGUGAAAAAUUUCUCGCCUACCUACCACAUAGCGGUUUCCAUAAUCAGCUCAUCACGCUGGAAAAUGCUCUCCGACUUGCUGCAUAUCUCAAUCGAACUCUUCUUUUACCACCUUUACAUUUGAGCCAUAAGCUUCAAGCUUUGUUGUGGAAAGAGCCACCUAUAUUGCUGCAACAGUGGGCUGAACGUAACAGGACAGAUGUCGGGUAUUGUCGUGAGAUUGAUACAUCCGCCUGGCCUCGUAAAACCAAGAAGCAGCGUGAGGCGAUGACUGAGAUUGAGCGAAAAACAGAACGGGAGUGUCUAUUUUAUCAUAGCUGGACUGUGACUCCAUGGACGUAUUUUUACAACAUUCCCAAGCUCCUGGCCGGUGUUGUGGAUGCUGUACCUGGUCAGACGGAACCCAUUCGUGUUUUUAAUAGGCCUGUAAUGAGUCUAGACUGGUUGUAUGAGCAUCUAGAGAUCAAGGACCCGGAUACCGAGGUUUAUUUUUACAAUGACACCAGUCGCUAUGCAUAUAGGAUCGUGGAUGAUUCCGAGGUCGAUUAUGGAAAUAUGCCGGAAACAGAGGAGCAACGCCUGGAGAGAGAGAGGGAAGAGAUGAUCAAACAAGGCUUUAGCCCUCAUAUGAUAGAAUUUCUGGGGCGGUAUGAUCGUGAGUUACUCCUGACAGAUAUUCAGAAACGGCCUGAGAAGGUAUUGCACUUUGGAUCGCUUUUCGCGACUGACAGGGUUGACGCUCAAUCAGAAAAAAAUAAGGCUCUUCAAAAUUAUAUUUAUCAUGGGAUGGAGCUCUGGAACCAGGCAAUCCUUGACGCAACAAACCUGGCAGAAGAGCAAAUAAAUUUUUGGAAGAACCAAACCGGAAGAGCUGCCCCAGGCUUCUUGGGUGUUCACUUUCGAACAGAGGAUGGAUUCUUUGAGAAGUUAGUGCCCAGAAAUUUGCAGAGGAUUAUCGCCUGGUUAGGAGAGAUGUCUAAGCGAGACCGUACAACAUAUAUGGCGGGCAAGAGAGCAACGAUGUCUAGAGCAAGUUCGCCUGUAGUAACGCGAAGACAGGAAUAUACCGUGCCUCCCUUUUUGGAACGUUGCGCGGAAUCCCCUCCAGAGUCACCUAUGAUCUUUAUGGCGACAGACGUACACCGACCACGGGAAUCACCUAUACUUCAAGAUCUCUUGGACCAAUAUCCGUGCACAAUGUUCUUAUCCGACUUUACCGAAUCUAUUGCAAUUCUGGACAGCAUCCGAAAUCCUGUAGACGGAGUGCACAUGUUGCCCUACAUGAUAGCGUUAAUGGAUGCUAAUUUGGCCGCCAAAGGUCGUGAAUUCCAGGGCACAGAAAGGAGCACUUUUACAGCAUAUAUCUUUGAAAGAGUCAACAGGAUGGCCAAGUAUACGUUUGACGAGAAUGGGGAUACUUUCAACUACUUUGUGUUGACAACCCUCGCUAUCAUUCUACUCCCAGCUACUUAUCUAACUAUCUUCAAGAAGACAGUUGUUGCUGCAAGAAAGGUUCAUUGCUCCUGCGAUGCCUGUAAACGCAAGGCUUCGCGUGCUGUUGCACCCCGUAAAUCCUCUGGUGUUGCAUACAUUACACCCUCACCUGAAGUCAUCAAGUGGAAUCCUUUUGACAUUCUUGGGAUUCCAGACAACGCAACCCCAAAGCAAAUCAAAUCAGCAUACCGUGGCCUCAGUAAGAUUUGGCAUCCUGACAAAGUCAAGGCUGACAAACGUGAUGAAGCCGAUGCUAAGAUGGCUGAGAUUAAUAAAGCUUACGAGACUCUGACUGACGAUGCAACUCGCGAGAAUUGGGAAAAAUACGGACAUCCUGAUGGUAGUAGAAGCUCAAUGACCAUGAGCAUUGCACUCCCACCCUGGCUGGUAGAAGCUCACAACAAUUUUUGGGUCUUGUCUGCUUAUGGUAUUGUCUGUGGACUGAUGCUUCCUUACUUUAUCGGAAAGUGGUGGUACCGUUCUGGAAACUUUACUAAGGAUAAGAUCCGCACUAAAACCAUGGGAACAUUUUUCAAGAAGAUCAAGGAAACAAGUAGCCCCAAAGAGAUCGUUGAGAUUUUGGCUCUUGCCGAUGAAUUCAAGGAGGAUAUCGUGAGCCGACCAACAGAUGAAGCUGCACUGGAGAAGCUCUGUCUUGAGGUGAACAAAGCGCUUGAGAGCAGGAAUGGCGAGAAGUUUGAGUACACGAAGAAGACUAUGAACCUUCCUGCCUUGAAGGCUUUAACGCUUUUGUAUGCACAUACUUUGAACAUGGCUGUCGAAGACAAAGAUCUUGCUCAAGAUCAAGCUGAUAUUAUCGUCAAGACUCUGCACUUAAUUCAUGGAAUGAUUCAGAUUUCAACUGCUCGUCAAUGGCUCUCAGUCUCCUUGUCCCUCAUGGAGAUGUCGCAAAUCUUGGUUCAAGGACUUUACUUCCACGACUCUCCUCUUCAGCAGCUUCCUUUUAUCAAUGUCGAUGCCGUCAAGGCGCUCAAAGGCAAAAGCCAGAUCAAAACUGUUAGCCGAUUUAUGGACUUGGACCGCGAGGACCGUGUUGCUUUACUCAAAGGAAACAUUACUGAUGAUCAAGUUGACCAGGUCGCUACCGUUGCUAAGCAAUAUCCUGAACUGAAGGUUCUUAAGGCGUUCUUCAAAGUUGCUGGUGACAACAUCAUUACCCCCGGAUCUUUAUGCACAUUUGUCUUGAAGGUCCGCGCUGUUGUUCCUGGCGAGGAUGAGGAAGAAGAACCUGUUAAGCCUGCAAAGGAUAAUGUCGAUGCUCUGUUCGAAGGUGACGUGGAUAGUGAGGAGGAUGAGGAUGGUAACAUCAAGCCCAAAAAUAAGGUUAAAGCCACUGCUCCUGCUGUCCAUGCACCCUACUUCCCUGGCGAGAAGAAGCCUUUCUGGUGGGUGAUUUUGGGUGAUCAUAAGAAUAAUCGCAUCGUUGUUCCUCCUACCAAGGUCACGGAUAUUACCUCAACCCCUAGCAGUGUCCGCGUUCAAUUUCAGGCGCCUCCUCAUCCUGGCCAGUACUCAUUCAACCUGUUCAUCAAGUCAGACUCAAUCCUAGGUUCAGAUAUCUUGCAGGACAUGACCUUGACAGUAUUAGAUGCAUCUCAAUUGCCACCCGAGCCUGAGAUUGAUGAUGAUAUUUCUGAACCUGAUGAGGACUCGAUUGCAGGUCAGAUGGCGCUGUUGAAAGAGCAAGGACUCGCUGCUGCCGCCAUUGGUGGAGGUACUAAGGGUCCUGCUCCAGGCGGUAAAGGCAAGGGCAAGGCCAAGGCGCCUGAGACAGACAGCGACAGCGACAGUGAUAGUGAUUAG